AUGAUUUAUUCUCAGUAAACAUUAUAAGAGAACAAAGAAAUGGAUUUACAAGGUAUUGAUACUUUUGAGCACCCUUUAGCUCAAUUAUAAUCCUUGAAAACUCGGUACAACCAAGUAUUUUAUGGAGUUAUUUUAGGAACGAUAAGAGUUUGUGCUUUUUAUGCAAGAGUACAUUGUAGAUUGCCUUACUUAUGAAAAUCAAGAGAUUGGAGAUGAUGUACAGACCUUCUAUAAUAUCAGUAGGUUGUUUAAACAAUAAAAAAUAUAUGUUAAAAAAUGGUGCUUAAACCCUUAUGGAAUUAUGAAGAUUUAAUUGUGGAAUUAGAGCAGCAACUAGAGACCUAGACACGUAUGCAAACUCUUUCUAUUUUUAAUAUUUUUAGACGAUUAUAUCGUAUUGAAUUAAGUCAAUUUAAUCAUUUCCAGUUUCGAUGCAUAAUACUAAAACAAGUUUAAUUAAAUAAGUACCCACUGUCUGUAGACACUAAAAAGCUUAUGUUCUACAGAGAAAAGGUAAUUAAAGAGGAUGACCAAUUAUAUUGAAGGUAUAUAUAAACAAUAACCAAAGUACAAGAAUUAAUUCCGAAUUAAUAGGAUAGAGUGGAAGAGAUUCAUGAGCUUCUUACAUCAUUAGUCUAGUACAAUCUAAUUAUAUUAAACUAGAAAUCAAGAUAAUGUACUAUCCAUAGAUUUCUGGAACUAUCCUCCCUACUAAUUUCUGAGCACAACUUAACAAGAUUUAUCAUAUUAGGUCAAAAAAUAGAAUGUCGAUGUUAUUUUGAUUGAUACAUAUGGGAUCAAUCAAGAAGUAGCAAGAGCUCUAUUUUAGCUAUUGCCAGAUUAUGAACUUAUUUUGCCUCAGCUCCUAUCCACAAUUAACUUAACCAAGGGCAAUUUGUAACAUGUAAGAAAUUUUAAAUUAUGCAUUAUUUCAGAGCCUGUCCAAUCUGUACGAUUUGCAAUUGAAAAUGACAGAUCAGUUGAAUCCUUUCACUUUGAAGGGAAAGGGAAUGGUUUGUUGUCAAGGUGAAGGUUUCACACCAAAUGAAUUUAUAUGUUUUUACUAUGGAGAAGUGUAUACACCUUAAAGAUGGUUUGAAAAAUAAACAAUAUUUCAUAAGANGCAAAUUCAUUUUAAUUUAAUUAUGAUUAAAAAUUUUAAUACUCUUUUUUAUUCUCAUAAUCGAUAAAGUGACGAAAAAUGA